AUGCCCUUUGGCACAGCGCUGCGGUCGCCAUCGGGCUCGGAGCGCGACUUUGCCGCUGGAGCGUACGAGUAUGAGCCCGAGCUGCCGCGGCCAAGCAAGCGGGCGCCGGCCAAGGCACCGCCACUCGCGACCAGCACGACCGCGCUCAUCACCAAGAUCCGCAAGCAGGCCAAAGAGCUCAGCGAGCUCCACGAAGAGCUUGCAACCAAGGACAAGCUCAUCGAGAAGCUGCGCAGCGCCAAGAUGAGCGGGCAGGUUAUUGUGCAAGGCGAGCGCCAGCGCAUCAAGUCGAAGGAGGCCGAGGCCGACGAGUGGAAGCUCAAGUUUGAGCGCGAGCAAAAGCGGUGCGAAGCCGCGCUGCGGCGCAUCAAGGAUCUCAAAUCGACAUUCAACAACACUUCAUCUUCGCCUACGACGCCAGCACCAUAUUCGCCGGCCAAGUCGGUGGCUUCGUCCUCCGAGGCCUCGGACGACCCGGACCAGCGCAACUACAUUCGAAUCCUCGAAGAUGCUGUGCGCAUCAAGGCCGACGAGCUCAACAUUAGCGGCCACGCCGAGCUGCUCCUCGUUCUCGCCGAGCUCCGGCACACAACGUCGACCCAAGAUGAAGCGCUGAAGCUCAAGGAUGCCCGUAUUAGUGAGCUCGAACGCUUGCAGUCGGGCCCCGAGGCGCCAAAUGCCAAAGAGCAAAGCGAUGCGAUCAUGGACUAUGCACACUCGCUCUCCGACAAGCAGAAGACCAUGGCCUCCCACACUGCCGAGCUUAGCCAGCAAGUGACCAAGCUGCGUGAGGACCUCGCCGCGUCACAGGCCGAAUUGCGCAAGGUCGCCGACCAGUACAACGCGCUCUUGACCGACUACGACGCGACGCAAGCCGCCUUGGCUGUAGCCUCGCAUGCGCGCACCGCGGUCGAACAAACAAACAAGGAUAACGAAGCGCGGCUUGCAGCGUUUGAAGCCGCAGCGGACGGCCAAGCGAAUACUUUGCACGAGCUCAAGGCGCUUCAAGACGAGUUGCUCCAGAGCAUCAGCGAGGCGCAGACGCGCGAACGCAGCGCGCAACAGUCCUUGCACGACCUCCGCGCGGAGCUUCAGUCGGCCAUCGCCGCCAAAGACGACACGGACCGUCGCAGUGCGCGGCUGCAUGAGAGUGUAGCUUACCUGGAACAGGACAAUGCCACCCUCCGAGAUGACGUCGCAGCGCUGCGCCAGUCGUACCAAACGCUCCAAGCGGCCAAGACCGCGCUGCAGACCGAACUCGAUGAGAUGCGUGCGUUUGAAGCGUCCUUUGGGGACCUCUCGGCCGUGCGCAAGGGGUACGCGGAUGUCACCGAGACCGCGCGCAAGCUCCGCACUGAUUUGCACACGAUCGACCAGUUUGUGUCGCACGCGCCACGGCUUGACGUCUCGUCGUCCGCGGGCAGCCACGGCUCGUUUCUCGAGUGGUUUCUUGUUGGGGAUCUGGUCGGCCGCGUCGCGCUACUCGAACAGCGUCGGUUGCCGCCACCUUUUCUCGAGCGCCUACCCAAGCUCGCGGCCUAUCUGCACGAGAUCUACAAUAGCGUCUCCAAUGUUGUCUCGCACGUCGCCCAGAUGGAAGCGUCGUGGGCACGGGAGAAGUUCAACCUCGUAGCGGCCCGCGAUGCGUUUGACGCGUCAGCCACUUUGAUGCAGAACGAGCUCGGCAUGAUGCAGACGUGGAACGCACAGCUCCACGACGACUGUCAACAGAAGCACCGUCGCCUGGUCGAGAUCGAGCAGCGUCUCAGCGUCGCCGAUGCGCUUGUGGCUGAAACGAGCGCACGAUCAAAUGAACUCCAAGACCAACUCAACGAGAGCCAAGAUGCAUUGGUGCAGCUACGUCUGCAGGUCGAGACGGACGCGACGCAGAAGCACGUGCAAGAGGAAGAGCUGCAUUGCCUGAGAGAGCAAGUCGCAGACAUGGCCGAGCGCGUGGCGGCAGCGUCGGCCAGCACCGCUGCCAUCACACGCGAGCGAGACGAAGCGCGAAGCGCCCUCGAGCAGCUGCGGGCGGCGCUCGCAACGGCGCAGUGUGACGUCGACGAAGCCCGCGCCGCGCACGACGCACUGAGUGCGACGGCGGACCGUCUUCGCGUCGAGAAGAUCGACCUCGAGGCUUCGCUGGGCACGCUAACGUCGCGUCUGCACGAGAUCGAGGCGUCGCUGGAAACCACGUCGGCGACCCUGCACGAGAAGCGCGGACAGCUCGAGACGACAAAGACUCAUGUCCAUUCGCUUCAAAAUGCGAUUUGGGACAUGUACAUCGUGCUCAAGCCGCGGCUCCCGGCUUUGACACCGCCGCCACACGACGCCCUCGAGGUCGUACGCAGCCUUCCGACGGCCAUCGAUGCUCUCGUGGAAGCCGAGGUGAAGGCGUCGUCGACGGUGGCGCUCAAGCAGUCACUCUUGCAGCACUGUGAGAGCGUCGACUACGCCGAGCCCUCGCUCUCGCUCGUGCGUGAACUUCAGCGAGACCUCGCACAGACCCAAGACGAGAACCAGACGCUCAAGAUGCAGCUUUCCGGCGCGCGUGCCGAUGCGUGGGGCUCGCAUCGACCCGAGACCCCAAUAGUCUUAGCCCCAGCACCCGAAGAAGACCGGCGCGCUACCGUUGCGGCCAGCUUGCGCAAGAAGCUCACGCCCCACGAACUGCAGCGGCUACACGCCAAGCCACCGCCACCCACCACCAAGACACCGCGACUGGACUCGCAAGCGCUGGCCGAAGCCUACGUGCUGCAGUCCAAGAACGCGUCGCUCGAGGAGCAGCUGCAUCGCCUGCACUCGGCCUUUGCGUCCUUUCGCACCGAUAUGUAG